GUCGCCGGCUAGUUCCGGACAACGCCUGGUGUGUGGUAACGACGGCGGUGGCAUAGGAGAGGAGGACGCUACUUCCGGCCUCGGCGAAAGAGGAGCCUCGAAGGGCGGACAGGCAGGCAGGCGGGUGAGGGGAGGUGAGGUGGCCGCUGCGCGCUCUCCUUCGUUCGUAGUGGGGUCGCUGGCAGGGCCUGGCCUCGCGGGGCUGCGAGAACGGGGUUGGCCCCUGGCAAGCCGGCCUGAGGGCAGGCGCCGGGCCUAGUGGCUUGGCUGAGGAGAGAGAAAGAGGGGAACGCCGUUUGUUCUUCCCAGUCUCCGUCCCCGAAGGAGGAGGCCCUCCUUUGCUGAGGGUAAUAUUAAGUGCUGCAAUAUCCAGGUACAAUAAGGAAAAAAAGAAACCCUUCGUUGAAUGCGGUGUCCAUUGCUUCAGUAGCCUUUUCUUCACAAGUGGGUCUUUGAAUGAGGAUGACAAUGGAAGAGAUGAAGAAUGAAGCUGAGACCACUUCUAUGGUUUCCAUGCCUCUCUAUGCUGUUAUGUAUCCUGUCUUUAAUGAGCUAGAACGAGUAAAUCUAUCUGCAGCUCAGACAUUGAGAGCAGCUUUUAUUAAGGCUGAAAAAGAAAAUCCAGGUCUCACACAAGAUAUCAUCAUGAAAAUUUUGGAGAAAAAAAGUGUUGAAGUAAAUUUUACUGAGUCUCUUCUACGCAUGGCUGCUGACGAUGUAGAGGAAUAUAUGAUUGAGAGGCCUGAGCCAGAAUUUCAAGACUUAAAUGAAAAGGCACGCGCACUUAAACAGAUUCUUAGUAAGAUUCCAGAUGAGAUAAAUGACAGAGUGAGAUUUCUUCAGACAAUCAAGGACAUUGCCAGUGCAAUAAAAGAACUUCUCGACACAGUAAAUAAUGUCUUCAAGAAAUAUCAAUACCAGAACCGGAGGGCACUCGAGCACCAAAAGAAAGAGUUUGUAAAAUACUCCAAAAGUUUCAGUGACACUUUGAAAACCUAUUUUAAAGAUGGAAAGGCAAUAAACGUGUUCAUAAGUGCCAACCGACUAAUUCAUCAAACCAACUUGAUACUGCAGACCUUCAAAACUGUGGCCUGAAAAACAAAACUAAAAACUGUAUAUGUUGAGAGCUGUACUUUUCAAUGGUGGAUAGGAUACCUUUAUAUGUAAACUUUGACUGUAUAAAUUAUCAGUCCCAGCUGAAGGGACCUAAUGCAGGAUUUUGAAUGGGAUUUAUUGCCAUCUUACACCAUAUUUUUGUAAAAACAUUGUAGCUUAAUCAUAAUCUCACGAUGACGAUUUUGCAUCACUUUUUUGCUAUUAUCAUUCUUUUCAGAAUUAUAAGCCAAAAGAAUUUACGCCUUAAUGUGUCAUUAUGUAACAUUCCUUAUAAGAAUUGUAAAUAUUUGGUGUUCUGUUUCUGACAUUUUAACUUGAAAGCGAAAAACUGCAAGAUUAUGUAUUUAACAAUAUUGGUGGCAAAUAUUCAAUAAAUAGUUUACAUCUGUUAAA